GACCUAAAAUGGCGCCGGCGCUCCCGCCCGCCCCCACCCCCCGCGGCCACCAUAGAGAUGGGGCGGGUCGGUGCUGCUAGAGCGGCCUCCUCCGUCUGCCUGCUCUAGGCAGCCGUAGUCCGCACUCAGUGGUGCGCGACGCGGGAGGGGGGAGGUGCUGUCAGGUCAUGGCGGGCGAGGGCGACUCUGAGCCGAGGAAGUCCUUUAAACUCCUGGGAUUUCUAGAUGUUCAGAGUGUCCCAUGUUCACGAGAAUCAGUGCUCUAUGGCUCUGUGGGAUCUUUAGUUACGGGCCUUGGAUAUUUUUUAGCAACUAGUAGAGUUAGAAGAUCUUGUGACUUUGCAGUUGGUGGCUUUAUUUGUACCACACUAGGAUACUGGUUUUACUGCAGGUACAAUUUGGCCCAACAAAGGAUCAGGCAAAGAAUGCUUAAAGAAGCAGUGCGGAACAAAAUCUUAUAUGAAGGCAGUCAUCUUGAUCCAGCAAGAAAACAAACUGACAAUGAAAGAAGUGAUUCAUAGUCUGCUGCAGAGGAAUUGUGGUCUAUUAGAGCUUUGGGAGGAUGUGGUCCAAAAAUGGCAGUCUUCCCUGUGAGUGUGUGAGGUAAAUCAUGGUUAUUGUCCUAGCAAAUGCAAGCAAGAAAUUUAUGGUGAAUCUGUAAAGUCAGUGUACAAGCCUUUCUUUGUUUCAUGUGUGUGUGUGAUUGUGUACACUGUUAGGAAUGACCUCCUAUUCAACACCGGGGAACUGAUGUGUGCUAUUACAGGGUCACAGAGGAUUUAUGACAAUGAUUUGGGAGUGCUUUAACUUCCAUUGUAAAGGGAAUGAUUCAUUUUAGCAAAGUUGUAAUUACAUCUCAUUUAAAUACAGGAAAAUAUUUUCAUCAGCUGUUCUCUUGAGUAAAUGUAUCCUUCAGUGCUACUGUUAACUAUGCUGUUUGUCAAACAGGAAUGCCUAAACAGUAGGUGAAUGCUUUGCUUAGGCAGGCAGGAUGGGUGGUAUCAGUAGUCUUUGUAAGAUUUCAGCUGCAGAAUAACCUCAGAUCAUUGAUAUACACUGUGAAAUUAAAGGAUGUCCAGAUUUGUUCUGUCUGUGUGAAACUAAAGCAUAAAAUCACACUUCAGAAGCAAUCUAAGCUAAGUGAUCUUUUCCCUCAGUUAAAAAUCUUGCUCUUCUGUUUAAGAUAUUUCCUUUCAAAUGGUGCAGUAAUAAUUUACAUUCUAACUAGCAAUGGUCAGCAGAUUAUUUUUAAAAGGCAUGUUCUUGUGUAUUUCACUGUACAUAUUCAGCUAAAAGAAGUAGCACUGUAUAAUUUCAAGGAGACCAUCUUAUUUGGCAAUACAGUGUUAAGUUCUAAUUGCAUAUUAGUUAAUAAGAGUGAUGGCAUAAUAUUUCAUUCCUUGCUUGUUUCUGCCUAUAACGCUGUCACAAUAUAUGUAUCAUAUAUAGCAUAUCAUAUAUAUAUAUAUAUAUAUAUGUAUUUCCACAAAAUUAUUUAGGCUAUAUUAUGUUAAGCAGUUUUUGGUAUCCAAAAGCAUUCACUGAGCAAAAAUGGUCCUUUCCCUCCACCUGUAGUUAAUCUGAGAGAGUUUGUGAUCUGCUGUUAAGUCAAUGAGGAAAGGUUUGGGAAUCCAGGUGUAAACAGCAGCAUUGCUCUUCUUACUUAAUUUGGAAGUAUACUUGAGAGCACUAAACAAACAUGCUAUUUACGCUAAGAUAAUUAAACUUUUACCCUCUGUGGAUUAGCCUCCUACAAGAAGAAAACAAACCUGUACUUCCUUUUGUUCCCCUACUCCUCUUGUUUCUUUGGAGAAAACAUUAAAGAUAACUUUUCUGGA